CGCCAUGAAUGAGGCAACGCGACCCCGCGCUCAGCUGGCUCACCUUGAAGUACAGUACCUUUCCAGCACUAACACGCAUCUCCAGACCCCAAAACACCCCGCGUCAGAAACAGAGCAUCACAAUGGAAGUAACCUGUCAAUGCGGCGCCGUGACCUUCACGACCCCAACCCCGAAACCGCUCGCGCUUUACCACUGCCACUGCACCGAAUGCCGCAAGCAGACCGCGUCCGCCUACGGCUCGAGCGCCAUCUUCCCGGCGGCCGGCCUCUUCCCGCUCUCGGCCAACCUCUCCUCCAAGCUCGGCGUGUGGACGCGCCCGACCGACUCGGGCGGCUCCAUGGACUGCUACUUUUGCAGGGAAUGCGGGGUUAGGGUGAUGCACCGCAUCAAGGGGCCGGAUGGCGUCGAGAGGGAUACCGUCAGCAUCAAGGGCGGGUUGCUUGGAGGGUUAGAUUGGAAGGGGGCGCCGCAUAUUUACACGCGGAGUGCGGUUGUUGAGUUGCCUGAGGGCGUGGACACGUGGGAGGGGGCGCCGGAGGGCAUGGUUGGGAGGAGGCAGUGAUGGAGGAGGCAGUGAUGGAGGAGCUGGGAGGUGAGAUUCAACCUGUUGGGAAUCAUCUGGAUCAGUAAUCAGCCGAGGUUAUGAUGGGCAUCAGACGAUUGGUAUAUUCCAUAAUGCCAGGGAAUCAAAAGAGCUGCCAAGCCUUGACUCUCGUUCGGUUUGGAGAUCAGUGUCGCCGGUUCUGUGAACACUCAACCUCCCAGUCAGCAGUCUUGGU